AUGGGUCCAUUGCAAUUUGAUGAUCCAUCUGACGAAUUGGAAUAUUUUUUGAAAUCACUCGAAAAAGAUCCGAUUUUAAACACGACAACCGAUGAAAUUCCCAUCGCAAUCGCUCACGAAACAGAUGAAAUUGCUGUUUUCUUUUCGAAUCUUCAGAAUGAAGAAUAUCGAAAACAUGCGUUUGAAACUUUAUUAGAAAGAAGACAGAAGAAACAAGAAGAAAUCGAAGUCUGUCAAGAGGAAAUCGAAAUCAUUGAUGAUCUUUUAUAUCUUAUUCAACAACGUUCAAUUGAACAAAACAAUACUUCGACUACACAAAAUAUUUUGUAUUUCGAUGAAAUAUCAAUAACGGAAAGUUUUCCAGAUGAAUUUAUUCUUUUACCUGAAAAUGUUUCUCACGAUAGUUUUGAUGAUGAUUCAUUAAAUUCAUAUCUCUUCAUCACACCAACACCACCAAAUACUCAACAAUCCAACAAUUUCAUUUUAUUUCCACAAAAUUUACAAAUAAAGAAAAAGUACCAAUUCGAAUUUUCAAUGGGAAAUCAACAAGCAAAGAGACGACGAAGAGCUUAUCGACGUCCUCCGAUUCCCCAGGAAGAUCUUUGGCUUGCGUAUCAUACAUUUCGUUUGCGAAAUCAUUUGUAUACGCUACUUCAACGUCGUGGAGGAGGAAAAUUUGGCUCGAUUUGGUCAUGUGCAGAUGGAACAGGAAACUACGCGGCGGUAAAGAUUUUUCAUUUAAAUCGUUUACAACAACAGUUAACAACAACAGAAAUUAUAAAAUCAUUUCAAACAGAAAUCGAUUUGAUUUGUCGUAUUCGCGAAACGAAUGAUUCUGUCAUCAAUAUUUUUGGUUUCGACUACGAUGCACAUCGAAAUAUUGCUUUAAUCGCGAUGGAAUUAGGUGAUCAAUCAUUAACAGAAUAUGUUCGAACACUUCAUGAAUCAAAUUCCAAACUGAGCGAUAAUUUCAUUCCGCCGAAGAAUAGAAAGGAAAUUUGGAUCCAACUGGUUGACAUCUGUCAGAUUCUUUAUCAAUAUAAUAUUGUUCAUCGAGACUUAAAACCCGAUAGUUUCGUUUAUAUUGGAAAUAAAUUGAAAUUAACCGACUUGGGAAUCACAACAAACGAUCUUUCCGUAUUAACAUCUUGUAACACAGGUCGACGACGUAUUACCGUCGGAACACGUUUUUAUAGUGGUCCAGAAUGCAUUACAGGUCAGUAUUUAGUCACGUUGAAGACAGAUAUCUGGUCAUUAGGGGCGAUUCUUUAUUAUUUAACAUAUGGUAUGCCACCUAUCUAUGAAAGUCAUCAACCUCCAUCAAGUCGUUCACAAACGUCUUCACUUUUAAUUAAAAAUAUUCUUGAAUCAUGUUUGAUCAAAAAUCCCAAUAGUCGUCCAUCAUUGCAGACUCGUCUACAGUCGUCCUUAUUGAUAAUCAUUCACCCUCAUCGAAAAACCGAGUUCGAUCCAAUAAAAAAAAUGACGACGAACACCGGUGCAACGUUAGGUAUGAUUGGUUCUUAUAAUAACAAUUCUUCACCUCAACUAGCAUUGAUCGAAUCAGCAAUUCCAUUGAUUAAAAAGGCAAUUGAGAAAUUGCAAAUCGAUUUCUCAUUGUCUUCCUUAGUUUUAGCAGAUUUUGGAUCUUCACAUGGAGCAAAUUCCAUUCAUAUAAUGAAAAUCAUUGCGAAUUUCAUUAAGGAAAUUCAAAAUUGGAACAAAUCUUUUCUUUUUAUUCAUAAUGAUUUACCAACGAACGAUUGGAAACAAUUGUUUGAUUUAAUUAAUCAACAAGAUCAACCAUAUCAUGCAUUGGCAAAUGGUCGUUCGUUUUACGAAGCUUGUCUUCAACCAAAUUCAUUAACAAUCGGGUUUUCAUCCGCUUCAAUCCAUUGGCUUUCACGAAAACCUUGUAAUAUAUCAAAUCAUUGUAUAUCGGUAUACGCACAAGGCAAAGAACUUGAGCUUUUUCGAAAUCAAUCGAAAAUUGAUUAUGAAAACUUUUUAAAACAUCGCUCAAUUGAAUUAAUGAAAAAUGGAAUUCUUAUUUUAGUCAUUAAUUGUCUUAAUGAAAAUAAUUUAACGAUGACUGAAAGUGUUUACGAACUUCUAUAUGAAUGCGCACGACAUUGUUCAUUGACAAAAGAAGAAUUAGAUGAAUAUACAAUUCCUGUUUACAUUCGUUCAUAUGAUGAAUGUGUUGAUACGAAAUUAUUUACGAAAUAUUCAUUUGAAUUAAUUGAUUCGACAACAUCGUGUGUAGAUUUUAAGUUUUACGAUCAAUUAAUGAAGAAAGAAUUAACUUUAGAUACGUUUGCGAAAGUUCAAAUGGGUGUUAUGCGAAGUGCAACUCAAUCGAUUUUACAACAAACUUUGCAAUUUACUAAAAAACGAUCAAAUGACGAAAUUAUUCAGUUAACGGAUCGAUUUUGGAAUUAUUAUUAUGAUCAAGUUAAAUUAAAUCCGGAACGAUUUCAACUUAAAUGUUGUCAAACAUAUGUCAUUUUAAGAAAAAUUUAA